ACGGCAAGGACAUGACUGACCCCGGUCUACUGGAGUGGUGCAAUGCCACUCGCUUUUCUAUGGCCAACGAUCCUGGUCGGCCGGCGUUUGAAGGCCAAAUACAGAAGCAAGGUCUCCAUUUCCUCAACGACUAUCUAGACAACAUCCUCGCGAGUCCACGUCAAGAAAGCCCUCUUAUUGACCUGGUGAAAACUCCUGCUCGUAAGCGAGUUCCGAUGAAGAAGCCUGUGUCCAGUACAACUCUGAAGUCCGUAAUAACGGUGUCUCUUGAGGACAAGGAUGAGCUUGGAUCGAAGGAGAACAUAGCUCCUGUUAAUAACUUCCAUCGAGCUCUACUUCAGACGGCCGAGAAACCCUUUGCAUCACAAUCUUCCACAUCUCAUGGAUCUCUUGUCGCUUCGCCGCCGCAUUCGAAAGCGGUGGAUCAUAUUGACGUCGUGGUGGAUCGGGACGUGCUUCUCCAACUUGCCAGCGAGGACCAGGUCUCCGGGUCGUCAAAUGCGCUCGUGCCUGCCGUGGCAGAACGAAACGAUCUCUCUAUGAUUGCAGAGGACGACGAAGCCGAGCGCAGCCGUUCCUCAUUCCAUACCGCUCCCAUGGAAGGUGUUAUAGCAGCUGAGGCUGUUUUGUUGGAUGCUUCUGUUGGUGACUGCGCUUCGGCAGACGCGUCCGAUCCUCUUUCGCGCUCUCCAAACCACACGAACGACAAGUCCAUCGAACUCGAGCCUGUCUCUGAGUCAUCUCCCAACGCCCCUCGCGCGACUGCUGAUACGAAGGACGAUGAACCAAUGGUCGUCGUCGAAGAUGCCGCUGAACCCACAGUAAUGAGUUUGCCAACUCCGAACCAAUCUUCUACUACUCUGCCAUCUGUCGUGGAGGCUGAGGACUCCGAUGACCAUGUUGAUGGUGGCCUCGCCUCUCUUCCCUCGUUACCGGCGCCGAUGAUAUUCCGCAAGUCCAUGCGAGCGCCGACCGAGGCGGCGAACUCGAAUGGGCUGGUAUCGACUGCGACACCAGGAGCAGCUCUAGGGAAACGCAAAUCAUCGUGGCUUGUCCGUGCGCGUGAAGUGAAGGCUCUCGAGAUGACCACCAAGAAGCCGCUGGAUAAGCCAGUGACGGGCUCUUCUUCCUCAAUCCCUCCUCUGGUCGAACCCGAAGCUUCUGGCUCUGGUGGGAACAAACGCAAGAGUGCUGACGUGUUUGGACCGAACAUACCUGCUGCGGGCGAAGAGGAGCGACAGCGAAAGAUAGCUAAGAAGGCUAGCACAGAUCUUGAGCCCGCUCACUCUCCUCUGGCUGAGGCACCUACGCCUCAGUCGACAGUACCAGCACGGACGAGUCCUCUGGAAGAGGAAGUGGGGUUACUGGCUCAGCUCAAGAAGACUGUCGGCGAUAUAGGACGGUUAGGCAAGAGUUUCGGGCCUACCAAAUCUCUGGGUGGAGCAGCGGCCACCGCGUUGGCUGAAGCUCGUGCCGCUGCUGAGGCCCGACUUGCUGAACGACUUGACAAGGAAGAGGCGAACCUGAAUCCGGAGGCGUCUCCAGCACCUCCAGAAUCCCAUUCGGAUCGUCGCCUGAGUGUAUCUGAGCUCAUGACUGCCUCCGAAACACGAGCCAUUGACGUUGUAUCUCAUGGCAGGAAAACCACGACGCCCCCGAACUCACCGCCAGUCGCACAAGCUGCACCGCCUGUCUUCAACAAACCUGUUUUCAUCCCUCCUGCUCCUGUGAAACCCCCUUCGCCUUACCGCGUGACAUCGAACCCUGCGUUCGGAAAGCCGGCCUCCAUGGCACUCGGUCUUGCUCCUCGGUUGAUAUCGCCGAAACAAGUGGCGCCGUCAUUGUCUCACCAAUCUACUUUAGAGAGCUUGCAGUCAGAUGCCCUGUUUGACAGCGAGAGCGAGACUGCUGCCUGGAUGCCGGCCACGCAAGACACGGAGUACACCACCGGAUUCGGCUCUCAGUCGCAAUGCUCGCCACCUCGGGGUCCGCCAGAUGAGGACGACAGUUGGCCUCUGGACUCUGCUGGUGGCGUUCCUUGGUUCAAUGUCCACGGAAAGGAGGACAGCAUGACUUGGAGCACGCUUCCAACUUCGAGCCAACGCGGUGACACCGGUCCAGUCACACACAGCCGGCUCGACGAAACAGGCCACACCAACAUUCUCCAAGAUGAACCCGAAGCUGAGGAGAUGCCAGAGUCAACCGAGAACGCUGGUGGUGAUGCCGAAUUCGGAGAUGACGCCAUGGAGGUCGAUUUCAAGCAGUCCACGGUGCAUCUCGUGAACCCCGCUGCCAGUCGCAGCCAGAGCCAAUUAUCUAUGCUCUCGUCCUCCUCUCAAGGUGGUUUCUUCAGCACUGCUUCCAAACUGGCGAACAGCAUGCUGGGCACCAGCAAGAAAGGCAAGCCCGAAGUCAAGAGCUUACAGCUGGCCGCUGCUGCCGCAAAGAAGCAACACGAGGAGCAGGAAAAGAAGGCUCUCCGAUUGAAGGAAAUGGAGAACCGGCGACAUGCCGCACUCCAGCGGAAGGUAGAAGAAGAAAGGGCCAAGGCUCAAGAUGAAGAGCGGAAACUCAAGGAGGAAAGCGAUCGUCGUAAAAAGGAACGCGACGACGUUUCGGACAAGAGAGUUGGCGCAAAGGGCACCGCGAUCCCUGGACCCAAGAAGGAGGAGGAAGCCCCGAAGAAGGCCGCCAAACCUGAAAAGAAGCUGGAAAUCAAGAAACCUUCGGCCAAGACUGCCGCGCUAGCGGCGUCAUCCAGCUCUAAACCAACGCUGAAGCCUUUGUCCAAGACCCCGUCGAGCGCGAACCUAAAGGCUGAGGCGAGCUCUUCCAAACUGGCGGUGAAGGUUGCGCCCAAGGCAGCGGACGAUGACAUCACCCAUCCAUCACAAUUGCUGCAGUCGCAGAUGGCUGCUCGAGCCAAAGCGCAACUACAAGCUGCAAAUGUCAUACCGACCCCUAUUCCCAGCGAGAGCAUUGAACUACCGGAUAUCAACAGCGAAUACUCGGAUUCGGACGACGAAGAUCGGCCCCGGAGCUUUGAUCCCCCAUCAUGGGCGCAGUCACCUGAUCUGCGCCAGGCCUUGGAGCUCCAGAGCACCAUCAACCCCGAUGACAUCUUUGGCGCCAUCCGACCGUUGAAAAUGGACGAACUUUUCCGCAACCGGACAGGUCGUUUCAGAGCCAGGACCAGCUCAGCUAACUGGACGGGUUCUGACAGACUGACUAUAGAGGAACAGCGGGAAUAUGUUAGAAGGAUGGGCUUCAGAUCCGACACCGACCCUUGAUGGAUUCCUCAUCUUUGUAUGCAUUUCUCAUGUACACUGUAUUUCUACGCAUUCAAAUGAAAUUCCCGCAAUUCGAAGUCGCAUUGUCCGGACGAGUCACGUGGAGCAAGAUCGGCGAGUGUGGGCUUAUGUUUGGCCCACCUCACUUUGACCUUGAACAACCCUCUAACACUGCGUGCCACCCGGGGCACUGUAUCAUACCAGCAAUACCAUGACAUCCUCCUCCUCCUCGUCUCCAGAAAUCACAGCUGCCAUGAGCACCGACGAACACCUAUUCUCCUACAAACAUGCGACUCAUGAAGAGGUUCUGGAGGAUCUCUCCAGUCGCUUCAUUCUCAAUCUUCCUGACGAAGAGCUUGCCUCACUGGAACGAAUCUGUUUCCAAGUGGAACAGGCACAUUGGUUCUACGAAGACUUCAUCCGAGAAGAGAAUCCCAAGUUCCCUUCGCUACCUCUCAAGAAGUUCUCCGCAAUGCUCUUCCACGCUUGUCCACUUCUACACCAGUGGAGCCACGAUCACGAGCAAGCCUUCAACACGUUCAUGCAGUACAAGACGCGAGUACCGGUGUGCGGGGCGAUCAUGCUGAAUGAUGCUUGGGACAAGUGCGUCUUGGUGAAGGGGUGGAAGUCUUCAUCAGGAUGGGGUUUUCCCAAGGGAAAGAUCAACGAAGACGAACCUCCGCAUAGCUGUGCCAUUCGAGAAGUAUUAGAGGAAACCGGCUUCAAUUUGGCCGGUCGAGUGAACAAGGAGGACGUGAUCGAACUCUCCAUCCGAGAACAGAAAAUUUGUUUGUACAUAGUACCCGGCAUCCCCGAAGACUUUCCUUUCAAGACGAAAACCCGCAAAGAAAUUAGCAAAAUCGAAUGGUUUCGAUUAGUAGAUCUACCAACGUGGAAACGCAACAAGACCGUACCCGGCAAAUUCUAUCUCAUUUCUCCUUUUAUUGGCCCACUGAAAGCGUUCAUCAAUCAACACAAGCAGCAAACUACGCCACGGAAGACACCCAAAUCCAAGAAGGCGUUGCCCAAUGGCGCUCAUGUCCAACGGUCACCUGUGUAUCAUGACGCUACCCAGGAGUCAAGCUCGCAGUCAUCGCUCGAAAAUAGCGACCCCCACACUCCUUCCCCUCUGUAUUCUACGGCGGCUCCAACGAAAGUGGUUACUGCCCAUAGUUCCCUCGACGGCGAGGCCCUCGAUCCCCACUUCGCGCGACUGCUCUCGUCUCUGGCUCUUUCUGCCCAAACUGGUCCCACAUUGAAGCCGCUAGAGGCAGUGUUGGAGAGUUCUACACCAGUCCCGUCUGCGCCUGGGGCCAUAUCCGAGACGGAUUGGUCUUGCUCGACGCCUGCUGUCGUUUCGGAGGAUCUUCCAGACGAUUCUGAGGGCGAAGAGGCUUCUUCUCAAGCUCUACCGCCGCAGACCUUAUCAUCCCAGUCUUUGCAACCUCAAUCUUUACAGCCUAGGACCACUUUCCAAUCCCCGUCGCCGCUCGUUUUGAGUCCCCGUCUUAACGGCGCCGCCAAUGCGACUGAGGUGCCCCUGUCGGCCACCUCGUCGACGCAUUCUGGGAGCUCAUUUGGAUCGCGUCGGAUUGCUACGGCCGACAUCUCUCCAUAUCUUGCUCGAUCGGGCGAGAUGCCCAGUAACGCGAAGCGCUUGAGGCAGUUGGCGCUUCUCGAGAGCGUGGCCGACGAGUCUGCCAAGGUUCUUUCAUCGCCGACUCGGCAUGAGGCACCGUACCAAUUUCCUCCACCGUUGCCGCCGGCGUCGGUGCCCCCGGCACCACUAUAUGCUCCGAGCCCGAACCCCACUUUGCUGUAUUCGUCUGCGGCGCAUGACCCAUUCCAGGUUCGACCAUGGACGAGCCAAGCGUUCCAUGGCCACGGGCUCGGACCUGGCGCCCCCAUGCGUCAGGCAAGUAUGAGCAUGACCCAAAACCAGAUGCUUUCCCUCAUGAACGGCCCGCCGCAAGCCUCGCCGAUCCCGAUGCGCUCACCGAUAUCUCCACCUGCUCUGAUGCGUGGCGGUGCAGUCUGGCGGCCGGUGUACCCUCAUGCGCCAUACGGUGUACCCGGCGUCGGGCCGACUUUGAGCAACGGACCAUCGCCUGUUUUCUCACAGUCGUCGCCUAAUCCGGCUCUUCUGUCGAUCCUGAACAGUGGGCGCUCUUAAACGGAUAUCACCCGUCCGUCGCUGGUCUUGAUUUCCCCGUCGCUCUCUUCACCCUCUCUCGACACUGAAUGUCUUAUCGAACAGCUAAUAUUUUGUAUCUUGCUUUCCUGCUGUAUAAUGGAUGUAUUUUAGACACGUCUCGUAUGGACAAGAUUGCCAGUCAAGAUUGCGAAACAGUGGCAACACCGGUAAGAUCGGAAAGAGAUGUCUGAUUUGCGAGUGAGAUCCGCUCCCGGGCCCAGGCCUUUUUUUCGCCCAAAGAGGCAUCAAAGCGGUCGUGAGCCGAAGAAGCCUUGCAGCCUGUCACGCCUGCACUGUUACUCUGCUUCUGGUUCUUCGAAGCCCAUCCCGUCCGACCUGCUCUUCGCCUCUCCCGUCACCCUCAUGCGCUGCUAAGAAAUGCCUCCAUGUAUGCACAGUCCGCCCACCACCCGCAGGCCGUCUCCCAUGCCCAGGCAUUCCCGAACGGCUCGCGCAGGCAGCAGCAACAAUCACCUUUCCCAACACCUCGGCCCCCACGGGCGCCCACAGUCCUCGUUGGUGUCCCCGCAGUCACCAUCCAGAACAAUCAGCUCGUCGUUGGGUCGUCGCAGUCUUGUUCGACUCGUUCUUACACCGAAAUCAAGAGCCUGGGCGAUGGCUCGUUCGGCACAGUCUGGCUUUGCGAUUGGCAUGGGACCCUACCCCCCAAUACCCCGCUCUCUGCAAUGCAAUGUGGUGCCGGCGCGAAACCGGAGUGGACUGGUAAACGUCUGGUAGCAGUUAAGCGGAUGCGAAGAAGAUGGGAGGGCGGAUGGGACGAGUGUCAACGUCUAAAAGAACUCGAGUCCCUGCGAGCAAUCCCCUUUCAUCCCAAUAUCAUUCCUUUGUACGACUUCUUCCUCCAGCCUGAUUCCAAGGAGCUUUAUUUCGUCUUUGAACCCAUGGAAGGCAAUCUCUAUCACCUCGUCAAAGCUCGCAAGGGCCGUCCCUUCGCGGGCGGUCUCACUUCCUCCAUAUUUCGACAAAUGGUCGCUGGUCUGGAACAUAUCCACAGCGCAGGCUAUUUUCACCGUGACAUGAAACCCGAAAACGUUCUUGUCACAACCACGGGCCUCCAUGAAUAUACGCCCGUCUAUCCGCACGCACCCCCCAACGCUCCUGCGGAGAAAGACGUGGUGGCAAUCAUCAAGCUGGCCGACUUUGGUCUCGCGCGGGAGAUUCGAAGUCUGCCUCCAUAUACUGAAUACGUCUCUACGCGAUGGUAUCGCGCCCCAGAGGUCUUGCUUAUGAGCAACGAUUACUCCACACCUGUGGACAUGUGGGCGCUUGGGACCAUCAUGGCAGAGUUAAUCAAUCUCCGACCUCUUUUUCCUGGCAUGGACAUGAUGGAUCAGCUGGCGCGGAUUUGUGACGUGCUCGGGGACCCCAGUGAUGUGUAUGGAUUCGAUGAUCAUAAUGUCCCUGUCGGUGGCGGACCAUGGCCGAGGGGAAUUCAGAUGGCGAAUGCCACUGGGUUCAAUUUCCGCAAGACACGACCCAAGAACGUGUACGCUCUAUUCCCUCUGGAACCACAUUUCCCCGCGGUCCCGCUGUCGCUUGUUCACUGCAUCCGAGAUUUGCUCAAAUACGAGCCGGGUGCCAGAUUGACCAGCAGGCAAUGUUUAGAUCAUCCAUAUUUGCGAGAAACCACGCCUCGCAAUAAUAUCCCCUUUCCACCUGGCAUCCGGACGGCCACCAAUGUGCCGUCACAACCGCGGAGUGUCGCUUCACCAUCCUCCUCAUCGUCCGGCUUUCCAUCCCACGAGGCAUCCCCACACCGUGUAUAUCUCAACGCCCCUUCGGUCUCCACUCAUUCUUCCUAUCCUUCAUCAUCGAAAGCUUCGGACUACGCGCACGACAUCGGAAUGUAUCAUCACCACCCGAUGCCCAACCCUUCUGGGCAUCUCCCUGAGGACCGACGUCAUUCUAUUGCACUGGCUUCAUCCGUCUGGAAUGAUCAUAUCCAAGUCACCACGGAUUACAACAUGGAUGUGUCGCCUCAGAUCUCGGAUGAGUAUCUCAGUGGCGUCCCCAUGGAUAUCCAGUCGUCGCCUAUCGCUCAAGAGUUUCCAUCCCGCACCGAUUCGCACCACGACCAUUCUGAUGGCAGUCAGACACAGUCCAACAAGCUGGGCAAGUUGGGCUCUCUCGGCUUUGGCAAGAAACGCAGCGGGUGGGGCCUGGGCGGUAUGUUCGGCAGUGAUAAAUCGCAUCACAACGGAAUGCCCCCCUUGCCGUCUCUGGAUGAAAUGGCCAAUGCAUCCACUUCGACUCCCUCUUUGAAGCGUUCUCAAUCGUCCAGCAGUGACAGCAGGUCGCUGCGCGAGCCGUCUCCUGUCCGGGAAGCACCUCGACGGAUCGACGCGAAGAAGAACAAGAAGGAAGCCGAACGCAUACAACGUGAGGCCGAGAAACAGCGGCGGGCUCUUGCAGAGAAAAUGCAGCGAGAACAGGCCCGUGCAGUGAUGCAGAAGCGGAGCAUGAUGACCCAAAACGCCGCCCGUCAAUUGGAGUGGGAUGGUGGAACGCAGCAACGUCACGAAUGGGAUGAAAAGGGCAAGCAAGCUGCGUCGGGACCGAUGCGACAGAAUUCUGAAGCUGUUCACGGUGCCACUGUCAACGCUGCCGCCGGUCGAUUUCCCCCUCAGCAUCAACACCACUCGCAGGAUUUCACGGACUGGCGACACGACACAGAACGCAUGACCAAAGCGAGGAGGCGCGAAUAUGAUGAUGAUCACUCCAUGUCCUCCUCCGACGUGCAUAGUGUUGGACGUAUGUCGCAGAUCUCAUUUGCCACCGUCGACAGCGAUCCUGGACCAUCACGCAUCCGAAAUCGACCGAGUUUGUUGGGAAUGAGUCGAAUAUCUUCCUCGUCGUCGCUGCAGACUUCGUUUGACGAUUAUCCCACCACUGAGUUUCCUACAACAGCCCGAUCAUCGAAUUCGUUCUCGAUCGAUGGGCAGAUGUCCCAAGACCUGCGACCUUCCUUCGACAGCCAUCUGACCGGCAGCAUCUCGCCACCGCCGAUGCAAGCUCUUUCUUUGUCGCCUUCGUUGUCGCCAGCGUGGACUCACAGCCAACCCGUUUCAUAUCAUUCCCACCCUCUCCAUCCAAGAACGUCGCCCUUGCACGCCAAUGCAAACGCCGACGACGGUCCCUCGGGGGCAUCGAAACCUGCCAUCAACCCGAUAUUCAAGGUGCCUCCAUUACCGUCAGCUGGGGUUCUCCCACCGUUUUCACAGCUUGAUGCUGUUGCAGGCGGCGAGUAUUCUGUCCACAUGAGAUCUCCCGAACCUGGUUGAGGCUUGACACUCAUUGAUCCUUUUUCCUCUUUUUUUCGCACUGCUCUCUCCUUGUCGACUGCCGCACCCUCACGUAAUCCCCGCACACUGGCAACUAUUCUAAUCCAGG